AUGAAGCCAUCUGAUGAGCACAGGCCGACAAAUUUAAUGAGAGCCAAAGAACGGCGUCAGUCCAUUCGCGUGUUAAUAACUGAUCAGUUUGUGGAACCCGAGAAAAAGCGACGGUUGAAAAACACAUGUCGAACCAUCAACAAGUUCUUCUUCUCGCAUCUGGGACUUCUUCUGCUGCUUGUUGUCUACCUGUUAGCGGGAGCCCAAACUUUCCACAUGCUGGAGAGCGAGGCGGCACAAUCGGAAAAAUCUGUCCUGUCUGAAACGCGGAAAACAAUGCUGGAAAUUCUCUGGAAUGAAACGUCAUCGGGAUACGAAGAAUGGAAAAAACAGGCUGAUAUAUGGACGGAUAAAUUCAAGCAUGACGUCGCACACAAUGAGAACCACGGACUAGAAGCUACGGGUCUACCUAUUGAGAGUCAUUGGACUAUUCUGGGAUCAAUGAUUGUUUGUGUUACUAUUAUCACAACUAUCGGUUAUGGUCAUGUGACCCCUGAGACCAUCGGAGGGCGAAUAUUCUGCAUGUUCUACGCUUUAGUCGGGGUACCUCUGUGUUUUGUAGUUUUGGCUGACAUUGGAAAACUGCUCGCCAGAUCAUUGAAGUCGGUAUGUAUGAAAGUCGACGUAUAUCUGUCUAAUAAAUCGGCUGAUCGUCGCCGACGCUCCAGCAAAAUACGCAAUUCCUCCAAACACUUGGAUGUCUCACGUCUUGCGUAUUAUGGUGUCUGUGAUGAAGAACGCGAAGCGAUUAAUUGCAAGAAAAAAAAACGGUCAAAACCGAUGUCUGAAUCAAGGCGCAAAUCAAACGUCAACGGAGGAAAUAUAAACCGUUUAAGAACAGCACGUUCUAAAGUUGGUAUGCGACUGAAUAACUCGACAUGGGACAGUUCAACAGACAUGCUUACACAAACUACACCUGAUAUCACUCGUUCACCUCUGUGUAAUAAUAUUCAGCCAGUAGUAGAAGAAAUAGAUGAAGUAGAUGGAGGCCAUUUUGAGGAAAAUAUACCAUCUUCAACGGAACCGUCUCCUGCUUCUGAAGAUGACGAUGUGAGUGUUAAUGUCAAGAUUCCAAGAGAACUAUUGAAUAAGUUGCGGUUAGAUCUGACAAACGGUCAUAAUGAGACGGGAUAUGGGCGUAGGGACGAAAACGGAGAACUACUUAUUAACGAAGUAAUUUUGGAUUUAUUGCGUCAACACCACCCUGUGAAACACAAGCACAAGCCCCUUUCAUAUUCCCUGUCUUGUCGGGAAAGAGGUUCUCGAAAAUCUUCUAUUGCAACAAACCAGAGACGAUACAGUGCCCCGGAAAACCGGCGUCGCGUGGGUUUUUCUUCGGCAAUUAGUCAGAGUGUCAAUGACAGACAUAACAGUACGUGGAAAAGUGAACUAUGUUCAAAUGCAUAUAACGUUGAAAGUCCCCGCAGUUCUCUUGCGAGUGACUUCAAAUUCGAGGAAAAAGAUGAUGAAAACAAAAAAAGAGAAGAGGAAAACAAAGAUUAUGAAGUUCCAAUUAUUAUAGUUGUUCUUCUACUGACUCUUAACAAUUUUGCUGGUGCUUUGUUUUUCUACAAAUGGCAGGAAAAUUGGACUUUUUUUCAAGCGUUUUAUUUCACGUUCAUCUCCCUGACAACCAUCGGAUUUGGAGACAUUAUUCCCGUAUUUGGUGGACAUCCAAGUGUCCUUAUAGCUACUGCAAUUUUUCUUCUUUUUGGCCUUUCAUUAGUUUCCAUGACAAUUGCGCUUGCACAGGAACGUUUUUUGAAACAAGCCCAAAAAGUUGCCAAUACAAUAGGAGUGGCAAAAAGAACGAUUAAACGGAGGCAAACUAUACGCCGUACUCGACGACAGGCCCGGAGAAACACCUUGAUGUACGGUAUUGACGGCAAUUUCUAG